AUGGAACUGAAUAUUGUUGGGAGUUUAAUCUUCAUACUGGGGUCUCUACAAGGGAUCCAGUGUGAUGACAUAAGGUUGGAUCAGUUACCUCCUCAGGUGAAGAGACCAGGAGAGUCUGUCAAACUGUCCUGUGUCAUUUCUGGGUUUCAAAUGACAAGCUACUACGUGCACUGGAUACGACAGAAAGCAGGUGGAGGACUGGAGUGGAUUGGAGUUGUGAACUCUGGUAGUACAGAUGAUCCAGACUACGCGGCAUCCCUGAAAGGACAGUUCACCCUGACUGAGGACGUCUCCAAAAGCACACAGUACUUGGAGGCCAAGAGUCUGAAAGCAGAGGACACGGCUGUUUAUUACUGUGCUCGAGAGCGCUACAGGGACCCGCAGCACUGUGAUUACUUUGACUACUGGGGAAAGGGGACACAAGUCACCGUCACCACCGAAGCACAAACGGCUCCGACCUCCGUGUUCGGCCUGUCGCCCUGCGGCUCGGGAGGCGAUGCUGCUGAACUGCUCAGUCUCGGCUGUCUCGCCAGCGGCUACUUCCCGGCGGACUCGGUCACCUUCAAGUGGACGGACGCGGGAGGCAACUCGGUGUCCGACUUCCUGCAGUACCCGUCGGUGAAGAGCGGCGCCACCUACAGUGCGGUCAGUCAACUGCAGGUCAAAGCCGCAGACUUCGGUGGGGAGAAGUCCUACAAGUGUACUGCAGUGUACCCGGGAGGCCAGAAAACCGAGGAAGUGAAGCCGACUCCAGUUCCACCACUGUCCUCUUUCACCCUGUCAUUCUCAGAAAAAUCCUGCCUGAAUGUGAUUCUGAAAAAUCCGAGAGCAAAAGAGCUGUUCAAUGAAAAAGAGGCUGUGCUGGAGUGUGUUGUCACUGGGGAAAAUGAGGCAGAUGUUCAUAAUGCCACGAUUACCUGGAAGGUGAAUUCAGCAGAAAAAAAAGGAACAGACCAGAAAGAAAGUAAUCCACUAAGAAAGAGCAGCCUCCUGUCUAUCAGAGCAGAUGAGUGGGAAUCCGCAAAAUCCGUGGAAUGCUCUGUCAUGCAGAAAAACGGUCCUCGUCUCAGAAAGACUAUCAAAGCCAAAACUGGAGACUUUUCGAAUCCCGAUGUCUCCAUUUUUGCGCCACGGGAUCAAAACGUGAAAAGAAAUGACAAGAAAUGGUUGCAGUUGGUCUGCCUGGUGAAUGUCUCCUUUGGAAGUGACGUUUAUGUUGCAUGGAAGAAGGGUGAAGGAUCAUACGAAGAAGGCCUAACUGGUGAGCCAGUGAAAACUGGCAGCUUUAACUUUGUCACCAGCAUCUUUAGCAUCUCAAGAGAUGAUUGGGACAAAGGCAUAAACUUCAGUUGUGCCGCUGCACACUCCUUCUUGAAGAGUAAUGAGAGCCCUAUUUCUAAAAGCACUUCUAAAUCACAUGUGGGACAGGAAGAGAAAUACCCCGAAGUGUGUGUGGACGAGGCCAUUUCGGACGUGAAUGAGUCCGACAGCCCGUGGUACACGGCCCUCUCCUUCAUCAUCCUCUUCCUCUUCACUUUAGUAUACGGUGCCUUUGUCAGCCUGCACCAGGUGAAGCAGUGA